AAUCUGAUUGCAUUUUGAAAUAAUUGAAUUUACAAUAAUUUAACUUACAGAUUUUUAAAGAUCAUAUUUACUGCAUUGGGUAAAGCAGGUUGUAUCUGUAAUUUACUGUCAGGGAUAGAAGGAGGGCUUGAACUGGUAGAUAUUUUUAUCUACUGUUUGGUGCAAAAGAUGUAAAAUGAGUGUUACGUGCUAAGGUUUUCACUAAAAUGAGCCCGCUGUGAAAGUCAGUGGCGUGCCAGUUCAAUUCAACAAAUAUUUAAUUAGCGCUUUUGAUUUCCAGGGAACCGUGUUGGGUACCGAGGAGGAAGCAAAGAUGAAUAGCAUCAGCUGGAGGGAGACACGACACGAACCCAGUAACUAGGCUGUAAAGCAGAAUGGGGCAUCAUAAUUUAGAAAAGUCACUUGUCUGCAGAGGAUUCGCGACCCUGUGAAAUCGUUCCUAUUCCCUCUUCAGCCUCUCCUCGCAUCUUCGAUGAGCUCCUCUGCCACCAGCACUGCAUUUGGAAUGGCAUCUACUGUAUUCAGAAGACACCCCGCGUCUCCCUUCUCGAAUUUCUCUUGGUUCCUGUCAGUUGAUUCGUAGCCUGAAAUGCAUGGUCAUGGAGGCUAUGACUCUGAUUUUAGUGAUGAUGAACACUGUGGAGAAUCUAGCAAAAGGAAAAAAAAGACAGUUGAAGAUGAUUUACUGCUCAAAAAGCCAUUUCAGAAAGAAAAACAUGGAAAGGUGGUCCAUAAGCAAGUUGCAGCAGAAUUGCUGGAUAGGGAAGAAGCAAGAAAUAGAAGGUUUCAUCUCAUAGCUAUGGAUGCUUAUCAAAGGCAUACAAAGUUUGUAAAUGACUAUAUUUUAUACUAUGGUGGCAAAAAAGAAGACUUCAGGCGAUUGGGGGAAAAUGACAAGGUAGACAUGGAUAUUAUACGAGAAAAUCACAGAUUCCUAUGGAAUGAGGAGGAUGAAAUGGACAUGAAUUGGGAGAAGAGACUUGCAAAGAAAUACUAUGAUAAAUUAUUCAAGGAAUACUGCAUAGCAGAUCUCACCAGAUACAAAGAAAAUAAGUUUGGAUUUAGGUGGCGAGUAGAAAAAGAAGUAAUUUCAGGGAAAGGCCAGUUUUGCUGUGGAAAUAAAUGUUGUGAUAAAAAAGAAGGCUUAAAGAGUUGGGAAGUUAAUUUUGGUUAUAUUGAGCAUGGUGAAAAGAGAAAUGCGCUUGUUAAAUUAAGAUUAUGCCAAGAAUGUUCCUUUAAAUUAAAUUUUCAUCACAGGAGAAAAGAAGUCAAGUCAAAAAAAAGAAAGGAUAAAGCCAGAAAAGAUUGUGAAGAAUCAUCACAUAAAAAAUCCAGAUUAUCUUCUGUAGAAGAGUCCUCUAAGAAAAAGGAUAAAGGAAGCUCUGAUGAGGAAGGAAGUACUUCAGAAUCUGAACUUUGGAAGGGCCCACUACCAGAGACAGACGAAAAAUCACAGGAAGAAGAAUUUGAUGAAUAUUUUCAAGGUUUAUUUCUGUGAGAUGGAAGAGGGAUGCGUACAUUCCUUAAUGUGAAAGUGUACUUUGAAACUCUUCACAAAAUUUUGUCUACAAGUUGCAACUUGAGUGGUUUGUCUUUGGAAAUAAAAAUCCAGCUACUCUCAGGAUGUCAGAUGCUUUGGAAGUUUUUCAGUUUUAUUGGAGGCACUUUUCCCUGUAUAUCUUUUCAGUUGUUUAUCUACAACUCUGUUCCAUCUGUAGCUCCUAAAGUAUGGACCUAGUACAUCCUCUAGUACAGAGAUCCAUUGUGCCUAUAUUUUUGUAGGGUUUUUUUUUCCCCCACUGAUUCACAUUUAUGUUCCCUUGCCUCAGCUUAAACUUUUAGGAUUAUUGGGGUUUCACAAAAUUACAAAGUAGAUUAAGUAUGUCUUCGAGUACCCCUCUUUUGAGUACCUAGUUUGUCAUUAGCUGCCUUUUCCUUUUUUCCUUACAUUUCUCUUGCUUCCAUCUCACCUCUACCACUUAACGGAGUUUGUUAUUAAUCAAAUUUGAUUCCCCAGUGUAUGGGUAAUUUAUUAUAAACUAAAUUAAUACCACAGGGGGCCAAAUGAGAUUCCAGUAGUCUAAAACAGCAGAUGUGUUCAUGAAACUUGACUCUUAGCAGAGAUUAUACAGUAACAUAAUUUAACUGAAUACUGUGUGCAUAGAGCUUGUCUCAGAUACAGUCAUACAGAUAUGGAUAUAUUUAUAUGCAGAGAUAUAUUGUAAAAUGUAACUUUUUUUUUAUAAAUUUAUUUAUUUUUGGCUGCAUUGGGUCUUUGUUGCUGCACGUGGGCUUUCUCUAGUUGCGGUGAGCAGGGGCUACUCUUCGUUGCGGCGCGCGGGCUUCUCACUGCAGUGGCUUCUCGUUGUGGAGCAUGGGCUCUAGGUGCACGGGCUUUAGUAGUUGUGGCACUUGGUCUCAGUAGCUGUGGCUCGCAGGCUCUAGAGAGCAGGCUCAGUAGUUGUGGAGCAUGGGCUUAGUUGCUCCGUGGCACGUGCGAUCUUCCUGGAGCAGGGAUUGAACCCAUGUCCCCUGCAUUGGCAGGGGGAUUCUUAACCACUGUGCCACCAGGGAAGUCCAAAAUGUAACUUCUUAAUUUGGGGUUCAUACCCACAAGAGUCAAUGGAUGUGCUUCAGGAAAUCUAAACACUCCUAGAAUCUAUGUGUAAACUUCUGUAAUUAUGUGUGUGUUUUGGGGAAAGUGUCCAUAGUUUUCAUCAAAUUUUCAAAAGGAUAUAUUGAUUUUUUUUUCAAAAGGUCAGACCCAUUUUUAUAAACAGCCAAGAGAUGAAUAGAGGAGAAGAUGCAUGAUUUGGUGAGUAAGAGAGGACCUGUAAAAAAUGAUUGUACCAUUCCAAUUAUUUUGUUGAAGAUAUGCUAUUUUAAAUGACAUUUAAACAUGGAAUGAUUGGCAUUAAACUGUAAAAUAGGCAAUUAUAGUAUCUUAUUUUUAAAUAGUGUCAGAGAUUAUCUUUUUAUUAAACAAUUGUUAUUCAUUAAAUAUCAUGCUUCUGUUAUGUGUGAGACACUGUGCUACAAAAGUAUCUAGGAAAUAAUUAUGCAGUCAUUUCUAAACCAUCAGAAAACAGUAAAUCAGUGUUGGUUUAUUAACCAACAGAUAAGUGAACAAUUUUGUUUUGUCGUUUUCAGCUCACAGCUUUUAGUGAAAAAGAAUCUUGAUUUCUGAGGAAAGUAUUGAAAUGUCCAGCAGCAAAACUGAUAUUAGUAAUAGAAUAUAUGAAGCUAAAACAUUUUAUGAUAAAAAUAGUUUAUUGGUCAUCAGAAAAUAAAAUUCCUGCAAAACUAAACAGUGACUAGGAAGAAUAUUUAAAGACCCUUUUAAAAUAGAUCCAUAUAUUUGGUAUUGCAAGUAUGGUUUAUGGACAUUAAGUUCAUUUAUAAAUUUAGAUCAUUAUAUGUAAUCAGUGUUUAAUCCAUUCAUACACAAUGGCAGAUAAUGGGAGUCAUAUUUUAAAGGAGUCUUUGAAAAGGCCUCAAGAUGAUGCGUUUAAAGAUUUCUUUUAAUUUAAUUUUUAUUUUAUAUUAGAGUAUAGUUGACUUACAGCACUGUGUUAGUUUCAGGUGUACAGCUGAGUGAUUCAGUUAUACAUAUACAUAUAUCCAUUCUUCUUCAGAUUCUUCCCCCACAUAGGUUAUUACAGAAUAUUGAGUAGAUUUCCCUGUACUAUAUAGUAGGCCCUUGCUGAUUGUCUAUUAUCUAGAGUUUAAACAUUAAUUCUCCAGCAGACCUAUCUUAAUCUUGGCUGUAGUGUAGUCAGUGGUGUUCAGCGGACCAUAGGUUUGGGAUAUAAAGUUAUGCUUGCUUAUACUUGCUCUUAAGCAAAGUUCCUAUUUUUGCAGACCUCCUCAUCUCUGCCCCUCAGUUCGUUUUCUAGUGAAUGAGGAGAGGAAGUUGUUUGAGCUGAGUGAUAUUUUGGGGUCUAAAAUUAUAUAAGGCUUAAAGGAAGAGGGUUUCUUAUAUAGUUUCUAAAAUAAUCCUAGAAGUGUGGUUUCAAAAUUAUUUUAAGCAAUGAAAAUAAGAUGUACAUAUAUCACCAAAGGUGAUAACAUAUAGACAACGAUCAUUUGGGUGUAUAUAUUGAGUUUUUUUCUCCCUAAAGAUAUUUUAUUAACUUCCAGGCACUCUUCAUUUAUAUCUGUUUGUUACAAUAUUUAUUCAAAAUAUUAUUCAUUCAUGUUUACUGAGUGCCUACCUUGUGCCAGGCACUACUCUAAGUGUGAGCAUAGCAAUGUGAACAAAGCAGACAAAAAGAGGCAAAAAAUCUUUCCUCUCGUGAACCUUGUAUUCUAAUGUGAGAGGAAGAAUCUUAUAAUUCUAAAGUAACUUACUUGUAAAAAUAUAACAAAUGGUGAUUUAUUUCUCAACUGCUUAAAACUGAACACUGUCUUCUCUAUAACAAAACAUUUGAGGUUCAGAGACCAAUUCAUUAUAAUUUAGAUAUGUUUUACAAGGAAAUCUGUGGUAUAAAUAUUUGGUCUGUUUUAUAAUUUGGUCAUUACAGAUAAGAAAGAAAUCUUCUCUGAUGUACAGAUGUGUACCAUGUAGUAGAAGUAGUUGAUUAGUUUCUCUUGACAAGUCAGUAUUUAGAAUUCCUGGUAGACAGUCCUAGUAAUUUUUUUUUUUUUUUUUUUUUUUUUUUUGCGGUACACGGGCCUCUCACUGUUGUGGCCUCUCGCUUUGCGGAGCACAGGCUCAGCAGCCAUGGCUCAUGGGCCCAGCCGCUCCGCGGCAUGUGGGAUCUUCCCGGACCGGGGCAUGAACCCGUGUCCCCUGCAUCAGCAGGCAGACUCUCAACCACUGCGCCACCAGGGAAGCCCCCUAGUAAUCAUUUUUAAAAGUAAUCUCUGUUAAAAGUCCUUCUGAACUGUUUUUGAUAGUAGUUUUUGCAUAAUCAAAUCACAUGCUUCUUAAUAAUGCAUAAUAUUUAUUAGCUGAUUUAACUUGCAUUGGGAUUAUCCAGGUAAUGUCUUAUAAAUUGAUAAUUCUUUCAGUGAGAAGAAUAGUUCUGAAUGUAAGAAUGUAUUCUUAGUUACACAUAAAAUAAUUGAUUUCAGACUUGGGGGAAAGGAUGGGUGUAGGAUGACGAUGUACUUUUAAGCUGCUACAAGUGGUGUGGUCUUUACUAGUAUCAAGGGUAAAAAGUGGAGGAAAGAAGCAUUUCAGAUGGAAUAACAUUUAACAUCCUUUUUCUUUGUUUCUUAUAUAGUACUUACAUACGUUACACAUUCUAUACUCUAUUUACUCUUACAUUAAGACAUGUUGACGAGAGACUUUUGAUUCAGGAAGGGAUGUGAGGUGUGAAUCAUUAUUAUUAAUGUUCUGGGUUGAAUUGUGUCCCAUUUGAAAUUCCUAUGUUGAAAUCCUGACCACGGUACCUUAGAAUGCAGCUGUAUUUGUAGAUAGCGCAUUUAAAGAGGUAGUUAAGGUAAAAUGAGGUCAUAUGAGUGGGUCCUAAUCCUAUAUGAGUGGUGUCCUUAUAAGAAGAAUGAGGACGCAGACCCACAAGAGGGAAGACUGAAGACCAGUUGAAGACACAGGGAGAAAGAAGAUGGCCAUUGACAAGCCAAGGAGAGAGGCAUCACAAGGAGAAAGAAGAUGGCCAUUGACAAGCCAAGGAGAGAGGCAUCACAAGAAACCAACCCUGCCAGCACCUUAAUCUUGGACUUCUAGUCUCCAGAAUUGUGAGAAAAUAAAUUUCUGUUGUUUAAGCCACCCAGUCUGGGGCAUUUUGCUGUAAGUAGCCCUAGUAAAUGAAUACAGUUAAUAAGAAUCUUUAAGAAAAAAAAAAAUUGGUGACUAAUUUCAGGAUUAUAUUAUUUUUAAUUUAAAACAAAUUGGCACCAAAAAUGCACUUAUUUUUGUCUUAUUUUGCACUUCUGUUGAACUUUAUUUUACCCUCAGGACUUUUAGGCUAGCAGUAUAUUUUCUCAUGCUAGUCACAGGGUAGCUUUUCUGAAGAUUCUCUUACUCUGUUACUUGAUGGUUUGAUGAAUGAAAUUUGAUGAUGUUCUUUUGAAUGUUUUCUCGUUGUCUUCAAAUGUAGAAACAGUAUUUGAAAUUUAGACCAGUUGGACUGUAUUAUAGCAUUAGACAUGUUUUGGACUUCUUGUCAUCACCACCACCUCCUGAAUCUUCUGCAGCUAGUAAAAAGGAGAAAAGCAGUAUUAUUGGGAGUCAGUGGAUAUACAGUGUUUUUUCCUAAUAUUAGUGUAACUUUAUAGCCUACUUCAUAGUUUUAACCUACAGCAAGUACUAAGGGUUUGACCAUUUAAAAACUUGAAUUCAUAUUCAGAAUUAGUCCAUUUAGAAAAUAAAAUCUAAUAAAUGAUUAGCCAGUUAACGUCUCAGUUUCACAGAAGAACCACUGAACUGUGCAGUCCGGGAAUCUGAGUUGUUGCUUUGUGCCAAGCACAAAGCUUGUUGCCUGGAGAUAAAAUAAUAUUAGUAUACAGAGACUUCUCAGUGUAGUAGGAAAAAAAUUUGGAAGUAAUUUUUUAUGUAAAUAAGGAUAGAAGAUCCAUAUCCAAUAUACUGAAAACUAAAAAAAAAAAGUUAGGAGCCACUUAAAGGGCUUGAUAACCUGUUCAUCAUAAAAUUGAGGUAAAGAUGAACUGUACUAAGAAAUACCUUUUCUUUUCACUUGCCCAGUAAAAAUGACCAUUUUUGUUACCUUUUUGAAGUGCAAAUCAGAUGUUCUCUCUUUCCUGUUUAAAUCCCUUUAAGGAUUUCCCAGUGCUCUCUGGAGGACAAAUCCUUAGCAAGGCCUUCAAGGCAACACACUGUCUGGCAGAGCUGCCUGCAUUCCCAGCUUCAUCUGGCACUUUGCCCACCUUUGUAGCUCUCUAGACUCCAGCUACACCAGUUUUUAAGUUCUUUAAUUGCACCAAGCUUAUUUCCACUUCAAGGCCUUUGUGCACAUUCUGUUCUUUCCUCUCCAACUCCUCCUCCUUUCUCUGCUUAGGCAAAGAUUACGUAGUCUUACGUUUAGCAUAAGCAUCCUUUAAGAAAGCCUUCCCGGUUAGCAUAAGCAUCCUUUAGGAAAGUCUUCCCAGAUGCCUCAGGUACAUACCUCAUGCUUCCUCCGAUACUUAUAGUUAGAUAAUCAAUUGUUCAUUUGAUAGUUUGUCUAGCUCCCCCACCAGGUGGUAAGCUCUAGGAGAUAAGGACCCCAUCGUACAGACUACACACCCAAUAAAUAUGUAAAUGGAUAUAUAUCCCAGAGUCAGUAACUCCUGUUUUUAUUCUGUUGAAGGAUAUCCUUAACCCUUUAAGCAAAAUGCUUUCUCCCUCUAUGAAUUCUUUAAAAUACCACUAAAUAUAAGAACCAUCUAAAAAGAAUGUUGCAUCUUUUUUUUACAGGGCCUUUCCAGAUAGAGAUGAUUUCUUUGUUAAACAAAAAGAAUUUCUUACAAAACCUUGAGUGUUGAGCUCUUAAGACAAAAUAUAAAAUCAUGAUAUUAGUAUUCCACUUUCCAGAUGACGUUUGAGGCAUCUGAUGAACUAAUAGGUGAUCCUAAGCAUCUUAACAGAGGCUUUCUGAAGAUUAUCUUCAACCUAACUGAGUGACUUUAGGAAUAGAAAUUUCAUCAGGAUAAACAGCACUAAGUAGAGACAUCUGAAGCAUAGGCAAAGUCUCGGGGUACCGGUCAAGUCACCCCAAUCAGCUGACCAGCUUUACAUCUCGGGCUUCCUUAGGUCUGGAAGUGAGGCUGGAGAUCUGUAAAACCUUCUCAUUAUAUGGAGAGGAACAUUAAGCUCAGACAGGUUAAGCAAGAUGCCUAAAGUCUCACAGCUAAUGCAUAAUGUUAGGACUAAAAUUAUUUUCUCACCUAAUCCUGAUUGAUCCCACUGAUUGUAUGGUUUUCAUAUUAUUUCUAAAAACUCAGUAUUCUGCAGAGGUACCUCAAGAGCCAUAUUCUAGAGUGGAUGAAGAAACCUAACCCCUACUUCAACUGGACCAAUGAAUUCCAUCUGGAAUUACAAAGUAAGAUCUUGUUUGAGCGGGAUAAAAAACCCUGAAAACCACUAAUCAACUUCUUCUAAUUACCAGUCUGUGUGCAGUAAGGCAAAUUUCCUGUUUGCAUUUACUUUUUAUGCUCUUGUCGUGAGAUUAAGCUCCGCCUGACUUUCAGCUACUUUACAAGAAGUCAAAACAGAUUCCAUCUGACCUUUUUCAGUUGUAUUUCCUUCUUCCUGCUUUUUCUUCUCUUCAGUUACCUUCAUCUUUGCAUCAUACUCAUCAGCUAGGGACUUCCAUUCCACUCUGUUAUUUUGAAGACCAUUCAGCAUAGGUAUGAUUUCUUUGUGAAACCGUGAGAACUCCUAGAUAGAAUUUUAGGUCAGAAACUUCUUAUAUAGUUCAUUUUUAGUACUUUUCAUGUGCAGAGAAGGAGCCCUAAGGAAUUAUUACAGCACUCAGAGCUGCUAGGAUGAGAUUAACUCAGUGCCUCAGAAGUGGGAAAGGUAGCUGUUUUCCUUCCUGCCUAAGUCUGUUCCAUUUGCUUACAUCUGAGUUCUCUCACCUUUCAUUUCCACCCCUGAAUGAGAGGUUAAGGUAAUACCUCCAACUACCUUGGAGAAACAAGGACACCCCUAAUGACUUUCCUUGAGGAUGGCUUUGAUUUCGGUUACAGUUUGAAAGAAAAAUUCUCAUCCAGAAGAUGACAUAUUUCACUCAGAUAAUCAAUUUGUUUACUUACCUUAUAUACAAAAGUACAAACAAAGUCAAUAAAUCCAACUUGAAGUUUAGGUAGUUCAUCCUUUUUGUUUCUGUCCAUCAUAGGCUAGAAAGAGAAAUAAAUUCUUUAAAGAUCUUUUUCUGAGGUUCAGUGAAAAAGACUGAUUUGUAUUGAUAAUUUUAAAUAAGUAGUGCAUUUUUAUGUCAAGGUCUUUACAAUUGGUUGUUGCUGCAGCACUGUUCUCUCCAGAUCUCCUUGUUCCCAAAAUUCAUUUGCAACCAGAAGUGCUACCUGAAAAGAAGGACAUAAUUCAUGAAAGUGACUUGUUUGCAUUUUAUUGUGACAUUUAAGGAUAAAAUUUAUAAUUAAUGCUUGAGGUGUUGUCAUACCAUGUGCUCUUUGGUUUUAAAAGGAUGUCAUUUACAGAUUAUAUUUAAAUGGGAAAAGGGUAUUUCUCUUCCUACUUCACUGUGGUAGACUUAUUCUAGGAGUGCCUGUCUCCUAUUUGCUAUUGCCACCACCUCUCAACAAUAAAAAGGGGAGAUGGGAGAUUGUAAUUCCAUUACAUUCUGCUUCAUGCUCUAAAGCUUCCCAGAUCCUCUUGUCCUGCUUAUCUCUUAGCAUCUAGCAUGUAUCUGCAUGUGUGUUUGUGCACAUACGUGCACAGUUUAGAACAACUUCACCUGAUUAUGGUGUGAGGAUAUUUGAGGGUUCAUUUAUAGUUUUUUAAAAACCAGUAUUUAUCUGGUUUAUUGAACACCUGCUAGCUGCCUUUACAUUGGCAUGAGCCAGGCUUACAAAGAGGAGUAACAUGUGACCUUUAAGAUGCUCACAGUCUAAUGAAGACAGUCAUGUAAACAAUGUGGUAAGUGCUAUAAUUAAUAGUAACAGUAUGAACUGCUGUGGAUCAAGGAGAAGGGAGAAAGAUAAGGGAGGUUGCAUUUAUGCUGUAUCAUCAAGGAUUACUAGUAGUUUGCCGAUAAAGAAGAGGGGGAAGACUAUGUACAGAUAAAAUUCAACAUCCAGCUUUUUUUUUUUUAAGUUAUUUUUGGCUGCGUUGGGUCUUCGUUGCUGUGCGCAGGCUUUCUCUAGUUGCGGCGAGUGGGGGCUACUCUUCGUUGUGGUGCGUGGGCUUCUCAUUGCGGUGGCCUCUCCUGUUGCAAAGCACAGGCUCUAGGCGCACGGGCUUCAGUGGUUUUGGCUUACAGGCUCAGUAGUUGUGGCGCUUUGUUGCUCCGCGGCAUGUGGGAUCUUCCCCGACCAGGGCUCGAACCCAUGUCCCCUACAUUGGCAGGUGGAUUGUCAACCACUGUGCCACCAGGGAGUCCCCAACAUCCAGCUCUUGUGUGAGUAGGAGCUUAGAGUGUGAGGCGGUGACAUGGGAAAGUGAAAAGAAAGAAACUGGGGAGUAGGAGUUAAGGACAGGUAAUGACAGGCCAUGUAAGCUCUGCUGGGAAGUUUAACCUGAUUCUCUGGGCCAGUAGUUCUCAUUCUUGAGCCACAGGGUCCCUCCAAAGUGCAUGAGUGGCACAAAAAUAGAUGCCAAGAGAAAUUUAAGCGAAAGUAACUUUACUUUUUUCUCUUUUAUAAAGUGAUCUUUGUACAACUUUUUGUGUGAGAAAAAUAGACUUUGCUUCUUUCUUUAAAAAAGGUUGAAAACCUCCAGCACUGGGGAGUUUAGAAGGCUUUUAAGCAAUGCUGUGGCCAAGCAGAGGUCUAUUUAUAAGCAGUCCCAGCAGCAGCUCAGAGGAAGGUUGGAGAGUUCAUGAUAAGAGAGGAUCACUUAGGAGGCUGCCACCAUAGUUCUGAUGAAAGAGGGAAAGUAUUAACUAAGAUGGUAGCAAGAGUGAUGGACAGGAAUGGUUUUGAAAUGAGGGAGAUGGACUCAAGCAAGACCCCAGGUUCUGGCGUGGGUGAUGAUGUCGACAAAGAAUAGAGAAGGAAGAGCAGGCAGUCAGUGCAGAAGGAGCACAAGUGUUUGGCUUGGGGGUUGAUGGCUCCGAUUAUUCUGUCUUUACAAAUAAAAUCCACAUUUAUAGUCAAACCCAGUGAAUUCUGGCCUCUUCUGCUUAGGGUUUUCCCUGUGAAUUAACUGAGGGAGAAAGAGAAGCUUCUUUCAUCGAUUAGUAAGAAACCAAGUGGUAAAUGAAUGGCUCCCACUCUCACUCCCCAAGGUUGGGGAAGAACUUCCUUGGAAGACGCCCUUAAAUAUGACCUCGCAGAUAGUGCCAUCUGGUAACUGACAGCACACUGAAGAGGAGACUGUAAGUGCAAAGCCACCCUUGACAGAUGAAGGCACUAAUGAUUCAUCCUUGUCUCGUCCUUUAUCUCCUCUAUUAAAAAUGCAGACACUCCCUGAAUAAUUGUAUAUAAACUUCUUACAGCCAGUCCAGUGAUAAAGGAAUUCUUUUCAGAAAGCAUUUUCUUUCUAAGGUUCCGUCUAUUUGCCUUGUUCUGGGCCUGACCAAAUGACCUAUUGUCCCACUGACAUUUGUGAGCUCUUGAAAGCUGUUUGCUUUUCUGCACUAACAGAAACCCAACAGGGAACAUUGUACUUUUGUCUUAACUUCUUAAAUUCCUUUUUCUUCUUUGUAAAUUAUAAACCUAUUGUUUCAGAGGACAAGACCAGGGUGAUGAAGAUAAUUGCUUACAAAAUAUAUAGUCAUAUAACUGAUAGCUAUCAGUAAAUUCUGAGGUUGCCUGAUACCUUCAUGUUCUCUUUCACAUGGGACCUAGACAGAGCCCGAGUAUGCGAAAGAAAAGGGGAACUACUCGCCUGACUUUGUACCUCCCAGGGCUUGGUUAUAGCUGACAGGUCACAGGCAGUCAUCAUCAUUGCCCUUUAAAAGAAAACAAAAAGUGUUAAAAUAGAAAUAUAAAACAAGUUAUUUUUGCCAAAAGAGAAAUAAAAUUCUGACUACUCACAUGAUGAUCUCUUUUUUGGUUGGAUCAAUGGUUACGUAUUUGAUGGCCUCUUCUUCAGUUUCCAUUUUUUCACAGGCAUCAACAAUUUUUUGAAACAUAGUUCUCUUCCUAAAAAAGAUACAGCUGUGCAACAAUUUUAGCAUAUAAGACCAGAGAUAAAGUGUCUUUAAUGCAUGCUUUUCAGGUUUUAUGUUCCCAGUUUUCAUCAAAUGUCCAUGUAGUGGAUCAAAGGGGCAAGGGGAGCGGAACAGGGAAUGGCUGUGUAACUUUGACAUAGAAAGGGUUUAAGACAGAAAAAGCACCAGCCAGAAAGGGAAAAAAAACUGUUAAGUUUGAAUACAUUAAAACUAAGAGUUACAUGUGACAAAAAAAGAUAACAUAAAAGGCCAUAGGCUGUGAUGAAACACUGUAAUGCAUAAAACCAACAAAAAAUUAGAAGCCAAAAUAUAUGAAAAGAUAUGAAAAUACAAGUGUGAACGAUAAAAUACCAUCUCACACUCAAAAUAAAUAGAUUUAAGUAAGCCCAGAUCAAGAAGAGUCCAGAUACGGGAUAACAGGGACUCCUGUAUGCUGCUGGUGGGAGUUUAAAUUGGCAUACCUACUCAGGAGUGCAAUAGAUUUGCAAUGUGGUAUAAAAUUUAAAAUAUGCAAACCCUACAACAAUCCCAUUUCUAGAUAUGUACUUUACAGAAACUCUCAUAUAUAUACAAGGAUAUACAAUGUAGGCAGUGAUGAAAAAUUGGAAAUAAUCUAAAUGUCCAUGAAUAGAAGAAUGGCUAAAUUAUGGUAUAUUCACACAGGUGAAUAUACAUUUAAAAAGAAUGAACUAGGGCUUCCCUGGUGGCGCAGUGGUUGAGAGUCCACCUGCCGAUGCAGGGGACACGGGUUCGUGCACCGGUCCGGGAAGAUCCCACAUGCUGCGGAGCAGCUGGGCCCGUGAGCCAUGGCCGCUGAGCCUGCGCGUCCGGAGCCUCUGCUCCGCAACGGGAGAGGCCACAGCAGUGAGAGGUCCGCGUACCGCAAAAAAAUAAAAAAUAAAAAGAAUGAACUGGAUUUCCAUUUACCACCAAGCUAAAUCUUCAAAACAUUGUGUGAAAACAAGCUGCAGAAAGGUAUACACGGUAUGAUACCAUUUAUGGAAAAAUUUUAAACACACUUAAUGCCAUAUAAAAACAUGAAUAGGAAGGAUGAAUACACAGCAAUAUCAGGAUGGUGGUAUCUACGAAGGAGAAGGGGAGAGGGUUUUCAUUAUAGAGUGGGCAUGGGAUGCCUCAAUUGCAUCACUUUUUCCCCUUAAAAAAAGAAAGAUGUAAGACAAAAUCUUAGCAUUUGUUGAAUCUGAGCUAUAGCUAUUCGGAUAUCAGUUAUAUAUUUCUAAAUAUCUGUCUUCAUGUUUGAACUAUUUAACAUAAAUUUUUAAUGAAGAAGGAUCAGAGAGGCACAAUUUAAUACUGCCCAUCCAAGUUGUUAAAUACUUAGAUCCUAUAACUAGUUCACCUUGUUCUAAUACAUUUUAAACUUUAUAAUUCACCGACAAGAAAUUGUGCGGAAGCUUGGAGUAUCUGGCCUCCUUGGUAAUCAUUAUUAUUAUUAUAAAUAGGGUUAGUGCUCUGCUGUAUAUAAGUCAGCAUUUUUUGAGUUUGUUAAUGUGCAUCAGUAUCACCAAGAUUUUUCAACUCUCGGACUCUGGCAGGAGCAAAUGUCUGAGGCUGCAGCUCUGAAUACCAGAUUGUGGACUACGAUGAAUUCACCAGGACAAAAGUCACCUCGUAAGGUUUUGUAGCGUCGCUCUUCUGGCAGCGCACCUACCUUGCUGCAUAUUCUUUAAUUCAAAUUUCUUCAAAUAAACUAAUAUUAGCGUCUUAGAUUUUUAAAAUAUGUUUCCAGAUGUCUAGUAAAUUCAUUAUCAGGCAUCUUAAGGGUAUUCUAUUGAUAAUACAAAAAGAAAAGAACUGUGUGUAUAAAUAAAUACCUUUUAACUUUAAGGCAACGGACCAUUUACAGAAGGCAGAACCACACAGAGUACAAGGGAGUUCUGUACUUACUUGAAAUAUAAAGCCAGGUCAGUUGCUAUUAUUGCAACUUCAAACAAAUGAAUAACUGUUUCAAACUGGCGUUUAUUUAGGUUCUGGAAGAUGUUUAAACUCUGUAAGAUGAAAAUUCACAAUAAAGUGCCAUCAUUAAUUUGCCUUUGAUUCAACAUACAAACCAAACAAUGCUUAAUAACAUAGGUUAUCCUAUUAUAGAAAGAACAACAACUAGGUCUUUCACUUUUUUUGCUUUCAGUUUUCUCUCUUGGAUUAGGUUACCCCUCUACUGUACUUUGAGUAAGGUAAUUUAAACUAUAAAAACGGGUAUCAUUAGCAAAUAUUCAGGUAAUCAAUGUAUAAGAUUUUGGAGGAAAUAAGUGUUUUCUUCCAGGACCAUUUCAACAAAAACAAUUGAUUUAAAAUUUUCUGUAGUAAUUGAGGAGCCUUAAUAAAGCAUAUCUGGUAUUUA